AUGGACGCGAUAUCAACCUUCAGCUUCGGAAACCUGGGCUGGCUCGCGACCCAGGCCGUCCCGCUCAUCAUAUGGCCGCGCUUCAUCACCAACCUCCUCCGCCCCGAUGACUACCAGUACGCCGCAGGCUCUCUAGAAGACUACUUCGCCCGUUCCCUAGGCUUCGCCCUCCUGACCCUAGGCCUCCUCGUCGUGACCCUCUCAGGAGCAGUGCCACUCGCAUCAGAGGACCUAAGAACAGUCUCCCCCUACGCAAACGCAGCUCUCAUUCUCUCCUCCAUCCACCACGCCUCAGCCGGCUUCUACUGCUACAGCAGAUGGCUCCGAACGGGGCAGACGGCCUUUGCCCUCGGCUGCCUCGGCAGCGCCAUCUUCGCCGUCUCGGGGCUAUGGUGCCUCAUGUUCGCCGGGGACAAGUCGCGACGCAGCAAGAAGCACGGCUACGAUAAGGACACAAGCUCGUUCCCCUUUAAGAAUACCGAGUCGUAUAGAUCCAAGAAGAAGGGUUUGUAA